UGAUCGUGAUCGGUGGGGAUGGCACUUUUCUCUUAACCUCGAAGCUGAUAACGAGCAAUGCGAAGCCAAUAUUAGGCAUCGAUCCGCAUCUUAGGACUGGUAAUACUUUUACGCUACCAAUGGAGAGCAGCGCAGACAUCGGGAGCAUAUUUGAGAAACUGCGUACCAGGAAUUAUACUGUACUGAUGAGAAGUCGCAUACGUACAAUUAUGACAGGGGAAGGACUUUAUCGGCAACCCUUCCACGUGCAUGAAAAGAGCCGUACACGAGGCGAAAGAAGGAUCGACGCACUCAUGAGAUCCACUCAGAGGAAAAUAGCGGAUGCCCUGCAGCCCCGCUGGAGAAUUCUACCUUGGUUGGCAUUAAACGAGGUAUUCAUAGCCGAAUUUUUUGCAUCGAGACCGAUAACCCUGACAAUCCAGGCCGAUAGUGAAGAGACCUUUACGACUCGAUCAUCGGGUAUCUGCGUUUGCACGGGUUCAGGCUCUCGUUCCUGGUUCAGGACAAUGAAUUUGCAAUCCACCGAAACCAUUCAAACACUUGCCACUAUGGCAACUGGCAAACGACUCGAUGAAAAGGAAGCUGAUGAAUUGUUACACAAGUAUCAUAGUAAUCUUCUCUUCCCUGCAGACGCUUUAAAAAUGGCAUAUAUGAUAUAUGAAAUGUACCGCAAUUCCAACUGUCCAAAGUCCAUUCCAGCGAGGCAAAUGUGCCACAAGGUCAAAGUAAAAUCGAGAGGUUUCGACGCCGGUAUCGUUCUCGAUGGAUGUGUGUCAUUACCCUUCAAUGACGGCAGCACUGCAACCUUCGAAAUCCGACCUGAAUAUUCAUUGAAAAAUAUUAUUUUGCUAUAAAUUGCUCACAUAAUUGUA